AAUCAUUGUAGCUUAGUUUACCCACAUUCACGUGGUGCAUCAAAACAGCAUGGCGGCUGGAUUCAAAACUGCAGAGCCCCUGGAAUACCACAGGAGUUUUCUGAAAGAAAACUGCCGGCCAGAUGGACGAGAACUGGGCGAAUUCAGAACCACAACCCUUAAUAUAGGUUCCAUAUCGACUGCAGACGGAUCGGCACUGGUGAAGAUCGGAAACACCACUGUUAUUUGUGGUAUUAAAGGGGAACUAACUUCUCCACCGGCCGACGCACCAAAUAGCGGUUAUAUAGUUCCAAAUGUGGAUCUACCGCCGUUGUGUUCGUCCAAGUUCCGACCCGGUCCGCCGGGGGAACAGGCGCAAGCAGCGAGCCAGUUCAUGGCUGACGUCAUCGAGAGCUCUGAGGUUCUACUGAAAGAAGACCUAUGCAUUGAAAAAGCAAAGCUCUGCUGGGUACUGUACUGUGACAUCAUGUGUCUGGACUACGACGGAAACUUGCUGGAUGCCUGCGUUAUCGCAUUAGUGGCGGCGCUAAAGAAUGCGCAGCUUCCGGAAGUUUCCAUCAACAAAGACACAGACUUGGCGGAAGUGAACACGGACAAGAAACGGCACCUGAACAUAGCCAAGCAUCCGGUCAGCUCGUCAUUUGCAGUAUUUGAUGACUCCAUCGUUAUCGUUGACCCUACUGCUGAAGAGGAGACGUUGUCCACCGCCAUGAUGACCGUGGUGACCGACGAGAACGACACUCUCUGCAUGCUCCACAAACCAGGUGGGACGUCGCUGUCGAGCGAGAAGCUCCAGGACUGCAUCAGCCGCGCGGUAACGAGGAACCGCGAGGUCGGCAAACUGAUAAACACGGUCACACAGAGCGUCGAAACCGACAAGUGAGACCACACACACAAACCACACAUUUCUGAGAGGGUGUUUUUUUUUUUUUUCUUCUAAAAGUUGUAUUUUUCAAUGUCAAUAUAUAUUUUCUUUUUAUCACAAUAAAACUGCUGACAAAGAACAUUUACAAAAAAGAAAAAAAU